UUCUUUCUGAGCGUUAGCCAGCGAUCUUGCUUCUUGGGUCCAAUUCAGUGCCUGGAUACAAAGAGAAGUUCUUCCUCCCCGAAUGACCUCGGGGAGUCUCUUAAUAUGAGAAGGGGCAGAUACCCAGUGCGUGGAGCACCAGUGAUGGCUGCUCAUGCCUCUGGUCCCAUCGCAUAUGGGAUUUACACCUACCAACUAUCCAUGGACUGGCGUGACACACCAGGUCCGUCGGGUCACGACGUUCAUUUCACACACACACUCACCCUACACCCUGUGUAUAUUGGGUUUUUCUUUCAUUGUUUAUUUACCUUUCUACAUAAUACCCCUCAUCUGCUGGAUUUGCAUCAGUACCUUGAUGAACUUUCAUUCUCAGCUUCCCAAUACUCAUAGAUUACAUUAAAAAUCUAUCGAAGACUCGAAACGCUACCAUGCUAUUCGCU